CUUCGACUUUGCUAAGCUCCCUUUCUUCCCAUCGAAGAAAAUUCUCUCUCUCUCUCUCUCUCUCUCUCUCUCUCCAAUGGCUUCAGCUAUGGUAGAAGACAGCAGUUCUUUCGAAGACGAUCAGCUCGCUUCCAUGUCUUCUGACGAUAUCGUUAGAGCUUCUCGUCUUCUCGACAACGAAAUCCGCAUCCUCAAGGAAGAGUUGCAGAGAACGAAUCUAGAACUAGAAUCGUUCAAGGAGAAGAUCAAAGAGAAUCAAGAAAAGAUCAAGCUCAAUAAACAGCUCCCUUACUUAGUCGGCAACAUUGUCGAGAUCUUGGAAAUGAACCCAGAAGAUGAAGCUGAGGAAGAUGGUGCCAAUGUUGAUCUUGACUCACAGAGGAAGGGGAAGUGUGUUGUGCUAAAAACAUCUACGCGCCAAACAAUCUUCUUGCCCGUCGUUGGGCUUGUUGAUCCUGAUAAGCUAAAACCUGGUGACUUGGUUGGAGUAAACAAAGACAGCUACUUGAUAUUGGAUACUCUUCCAUCUGAAUAUGACUCACGAGUUAAGGCAAUGGAGGUUGACGAAAAGCCAACUGAAGACUACAAUGACAUUGGUGGACUGGAGAAGCAGAUUCAAGAACUUGUUGAAGCGAUUGUUUUGCCCAUGACCCACAAAGAGAGGUUUCAGAAAUUAGGAGUUCGUCCACCGAAAGGAGUACUUCUUUAUGGACCCCCUGGAACUGGAAAAACCUUAAUGGCCCGCGCAUGUGCGGCACAAACAAAUGCUACUUUUCUGAAGCUAGCAGGCCCACAACUUGUUCAGAUGUUCAUUGGUGAUGGAGCAAAGCUUGUUCGUGAUGCCUUUCAACUUGCAAAAGAGAAGUCCCCCUGUAUCAUUUUUAUAGACGAAAUUGAUGCAAUUGGAACCAAGCGAUUUGAUAGUGAAGUAAGCGGAGAUCGGGAAGUGCAGCGGACAAUGUUGGAGUUACUUAAUCAACUAGAUGGAUUCAGCAGUGAUGACAGGAUAAAGGUCAUAGCGGCAACCAAUAGAGCUGAUAUUCUGGAUCCUGCUCUCAUGCGCUCAGGUCGUCUCGACCGCAAAAUUGAGUUCCCUCACCCAACAGAAGAAGCAAGAGCUCGAAUCUUGCAGAUCCAUUCAAGAAAAAUGAAUGUUCACCCAGAUGUGAAUUUUGAAGAGCUGGCUCGCUCAACAGAUGAUUUCAAUGGAGCACAGUUGAAAGCUGUUUGCGUAGAGGCUGGGAUGCUAGCUCUCCGUCGAGAUGCAACUGAGGUAAUCCAUGAAGACUUCAAUGAAGGGAUCAUUCAAGUGCAAGCCAAGAAAAAAGCCAGCUUGAAUUACUAUGCUUAGUGGCAUUUGCGCUGCUGUUUUGUGGACCAUUCAAGUGCAUUUGUGAACAUCCUAGGAUGCUGAAAAAAGAUAUGUUUGUGUUUCAUAUGUCUGGAUGUAACCAGACCUGAUUCAUUUCUGGUUUACAGCACUAGUUUUGUAAGUUGGACUGGAAACUCCUAAAGAAGGCACACGUUGGGUUCAUGUCCAAAUUCA